AUGGGAGCCGCGGAACAAAAUCGUCUGGGCCGCUCGGUACCCAAAUUGAAAGGGAAAUCCAACUGGAUUGCCUGGUCAGAUCGGCUGUUCUUCAUCCUGAAAGACUUCAACCCUCGGUACCGGGACAUACUCACGGGAAAAUUUCCUUGUCCCCAGCUGCCAGCCGACCAAGACUUGAGCGAAGUCAACAAAGAAAAACAGAAUGCCCUCAUCGCCCAAUGGAAGGCAGACGACCUCAAAGUCCGAGCCUGGCUAGGCUCAACACUCGAAGACGAACCCGCCCUGCACGUGAAAGAAAUCUACGCCAGCCACGAAGCCUACCAAAAGCUAGAAGCGCAGUUCUCCGAGAAAGAAGUGAAAUCCAACGCCCGAUGCUGGGCCGAGUGGACCAGCCUGAAGUACGAGAAGUCAGAAAUGACCGCGCUAGAAUUCGUGCGCAAGUUCCAGCAAUCCCUCGCGCAAUUGAGGAUGGCGACGUCACGAUCAGGUCUAGGACCGCGGCAGCAACUGCCCCAAUUCCUUCAAGCGAUUGGAACACCCGCGUUCACGGACUAUCUCGACAAAAUCGAGCUGGACUACGCCGGCCCGGACCUGAUGGAGAUUGCCAUCGCCGCGUUCCUACAAUUCGUCGAGUCCGACGGAAAUCCGGACCUGGCUGUCUUUGCAAAGGGCCAUAGAUCAGCGACGGUGGACGCGAACAAGUCUGCUCCCAGUGACAAUGCGUCCCUGGCUUCCACUUCGUCCCAUUUCAGUUCGACGAAGACCAACUCUUGCAAUGCGAGACUUUCCAACGCCAAUCCUAAGAGUUCGAGUUCGGGUUCGAGCAAAGGAAAGAAACGUGCUGCCGAGGGCUCCGGUGAGAAAGUUGCCCGCAGGCCUCGACUCAAUGAGGCCGGUCGCAAUAUGCUCGAGAAUGCUGCUGCGUCUCGCUCGUCGAAUACCUCUCGAUCUCAGCAGCGUGCUAGCUCUCCGCUCUUUGGUCCUCGGAGUCUGGACGGUGGCGUACGUGGAGUCGAGGACGAUGAAGGCUUGCCUCCGGUGAUUGAUGAGAGCUUGCUUGACUCGACGGCGCGAUUUUGA